CCAGUUGAUGAACCAUGAAAGGCUGAACUUCUUUGGCUUGACGAUGGCAAGCCAAAUGAUGCAGGGGAGCUGCCAAGACAGAACAAAAAAGAACAGUGAUAAGUUAUUAUCCGACAUAAGAGCGAGAAAGGGUCACAGAAAGAAGGUUGAAAGCUUACGAAGUAUGUCGUUGGUGCAAAAGCGAAUCCUCCGAAGAAACUAAGCAACGCACCAAAGAAAGGGAAGGUGAUGCCGAUAAACAUUGUGAGUGCUGAAAAAAAGUGAAGCAAACAGUACGAGUAAUAAAUCGAAGCUUGAAGGAUGGCUUGAAGUUCAGCUUCUUCACCAGGGUACUCUCCAUCAUGUCGAAGACAGGCAUUGCAAACAACUACAAUGGGAGAAGCCAAAAUGAGUUGUGGAUGGUCGGUUGGAUCGUAAUUGAACGGUGAAGAGCUAUUGUGAU